AUGGUCAAACAGGAUGUGGUACCAUGGUACAAGCCGCUACCUUUCUACCCUACCCUGGAAAAGGAACUGCAGAAUCUGGGCGGACUCGAGGGGGUGAUGACUUUAGCGCCACAAAAAGUACAAGACGUUCUCACUCCCGACCUGGUACACGAGGAACGCGUAAUCGGUGGCCCAGACAACAAUGACCUUACCGUAUCGAUUUUCCGCCGCGCCGGAAGUCAGGGAAGCUCUGAGAGGAAACUGGGCAUAUACGACAUUCAUGGUGGGGGGAUGAUUACGGGGACUAGGUUCACAACUGCGGCCUGGGCGCUACAUGUCGUGCGGAAGUUUGACGCUGUCUGUGUCACCAUCGAAUACCGACUUGCUCCAGCACACCCUGAUCCAGCUCCCGUAAAAGACUGCUAUGCAGGCCUGGUGUGGUUGUCGGAACAUGCUGCUGAGCUUCAAAUUGACCCCUGCCGGAUCCUUAUUAGUGGAUGUUCGGCAGGAGGAGGGCUCGCCGCCGGUGUUGCACUUCUUGCGCGAGACAGGGAUGGUCCAAGCCUUAUUGGACAGAUGCUCAUGUGCCCCAUGCUUGAUGAUCGCAGUAACAGUGUUUCAGCUUAUCAGAUGGAUGGGCUAGGAGUUUGGGACCGUAAAACGAAUCUUCAAGGAUGGACAGCGCUAUUAGGAGAUCGCAGAGGGACGAAGAAUGUCAGCAUUUAUGCCUCACCAGCGAGAAGCAGGGACUUGUCUCGGUUGCCGCCCGUAUAUAUUGACGUUGGGUCCUGUGAGACGUUCCGCGAUGAAGAUGUGCAGUAUGCUUCUGGGUUGUGGAAAGACGGCGUUCAGUGCGAGCUGCAUGUGUGGCCUGGUGGAUUUCAUGGAUCUGAUAUGCUUUUCCCUACUGUUGAUCUAUCAGUAGAGGCUAUCGAUGCCAAGAUGAGGUGGCUUCAAAGAUUGUUGACACAGUUGGAAUAA